GAAAAUCGUCGCCGCGCUUUUAAAUGUUGACAAUAACUUGUGCAAUAUGAUUUUCUGGAUUUAUAUGAAGGGAUAAGCUUGCUUUCAAGUUUCAAUCUCGCUGAAAUUACACUGUUUGGGUUGGGUUGGGUUUUGUUUUAUUUAAGAAAGAAAAAAAGAAUGAUGGGUGUGUUCCCCUUUGAGCAAAGUUUGUGAAUUUGAGAAAAGAAAAGAGGCGUAACUUAACAACGGAGGUAGCAGUGAAUCGAAGGAUAAGGAUGAGCGGUGAGGAUGAUGACCCAGAAAGAAAGAGGUUGAAUUUGAAGCCCAAUUCUCGGGUGACAAACUUCCAACGCGAUCUCAUGGCUGGGGCGGUGAUGGGAGGGGCGGUGCACACCAUUGUGGCCCCAAUUGAGAGGGCCAAGCUUUUGUUGCAAACCCAGGAAAGCAAUUUGGCUAUUGUUGCAAGUGGGCGUCGCAAAUUUAAGGGCAUGUUUGAUUGCAUACUCCGUACUGUCAGGGAAGAAGGCGUUCUCUCUUUGUGGCGUGGCAAUGGCAGCAGUGUUCUUCGCUAUUAUCCUUCCGUCGCACUCAAUUUCUCUCUCAAGGAUCUUUACAAAAGCAUGUUAAGAGGUGGAAACUUUUAUGAUAAUAAUCUUUUCUCUGGUGCAUCAGCUAAUUUUGUUGCUGGGGCUGCGGCCGGUUGUACAACACUUGUUUUGGUAUAUCCCCUUGACAUUGCACAUACACGCCUUGCCGCUGACAUUGGAAGGACAGAAGUGCGUCAAUUUCGAGGCAUUUACCAUUUCUUGGCUACCAUAUUCCGUAAGGAUGGGAUUCGGGGCAUUUACAGGGGCCUUCCUGCAUCUCUACAAGGGAUGGUGGUACACAGGGGCCUUUAUUUUGGAGGCUUUGACACAAUGAAAGAGAUCUUGUCUGAAGAAUCAAAAACUGAGUUGGCAUUGUGGAAGCGUUGGGUGGUAGCUCAGGCAGUCACAACCUCUGCUGGGUUGAUAUCUUAUCCAUUAGACACGGUUCGUAGGAGGAUGAUGAUGCAGUCUGGCAUGGAAAAGCCAGUGUACAAUAACACCCUGGACUGCUGGAAGAAGAUCUAUAGGACAGAAGGGUUGGCUUCAUUUUACCGUGGGGCUGUGUCAAAUGUGUUUAGGAGCACUGGUGCUGCAGCUAUCUUAGUAUUGUAUGACGAGGUUAAGAAAUUCAUGAACUGGGGGCCAUUGUAACAGCAUCAACUUACCUACGAUCAUUCAUUUCAUUUUUACAUCUUGUACUUAACUUCAUUACAUCAACCUGUUAUAGUUUUUGAGGCUUAGGAUAAUUUUGUAAACUACAAAUGAGCUCCAUUACUGUUCAUUUGUAAAUGUGUCUUUAAUGGCAUUCCAAUGCUAAUGCCAACGUUGCUUUUCUGGCUCCACUAUACUAAUUUUGCUUUGCAAUUUUUUAGACGGUGUAAGAUCAGAAAUA